CUUUCUUGGGUGGACCCGUAAAGUCCUAAAUUAGGUCUUUCUUUUGUGAUUUUUACCCUAGCUUAAGUUGGGUUAUUAAUUUUACUGCCCUAGUCGCAGCAGCGGUCUCUGCCUCCGUAAAUCUCUGUGCUGCUUCAGCCCAUCUUUCCACGUUCUUAAAGCAGAGAUGGGCGGACAUGGAGUAGCAGUUGGAAUCGAUUUAGGCACAACAUACUCUUGCGUGGGAGUUUGGCAAGACGAUCGAGUUGAAAUCAUUGCAAAUGAUCAGGGUAACAGAACCACCCCCUCGUGUGUUGCUUUCACUGAAACGGAGCGUUUCAUCGGCGAUGCUGCUAGAAAUCAGGCUGCUCUCAAUCCUCACAACACUAUUUUUGAUUCAAAAAGGUUGAUUGGAAGAAAAUUCACAGAUUCAACUGUACAGAGUGACAUAAAUCUUUGGCCAUUUAAGGUAGUUAGCGGUUCUGCUAACGCACCAAAUAUAAUAGUCAAUUACAAAGGUGUGGAGAAACAAUUUUCACCUGAGGAGUUAUCUUCAAUGGUUCUCAUUAAGAUGAAAGAUAUAGCCGAAGGUUACCUGGGAAAAGAAGUAAAGGAUGCUGUUGUCACUGUCCCAGCACACUUUAACGACUCGCAGCGCCAAGCCACAAAAGAUGCAGCAACAAUAGCUGGCCUUAACGUGUUGCGUAUCCUUGUUGAGCCAACAGCAGCUGCAGUCGCUUAUGGUAUUGACAAAAAGCUUACAAGUAGUUCAGCAGGAAAGAGGACUGUGCUUGUUUUCGAUCUUGGAGGUGGUACUUUUGAUGUUUCUCUUCUUACAAUAAAAAAGGAUGAUAUUACAGUUCUGGCUACAGCAGGAGAUACUCACCUUGGAGGUGAGGAUUUUGACAAUCGUUUGCUAAAGCAUUUUGUUGAGGAAUUCAAGAGAAAGCACAGAAAAGACAUCAGUGUAAAUGCUAAAUCUCUAAGAAAACUGAGAAAUGCAUGUGAAAAGGCGAAAAGGGUUCUCUCCUAUAAUGGCAUGACAACUAUUGAUGUGGAUUCUCUGUAUGAGGGAAUUGAUUACUGCACAAAAAUUACUCGUGCCAGAUUCGAAGAUUUAAACAUGGAUUUGUUUAUGAAAUGUGUGGAAAUUGUAAAACAGUGUUUGAAAGAUGCGGAUAUGGAUAAGAGUUGGAUCGAUGAUGUUUUACUUGUGGGCGGAUCUACUAGAAUUCCCAAAGUGCAGCAGCUAUUGCAAGAAUUUUUCAGUGGGAAGGAGCUUUGCAAAAGUAUUAAUCCGGAUGAGGCUGUUGCUUAUGGUGCAGCUGUCAAGGCUGCUGUACUGACUGGUGCUAAACAUCAUAGUAUCAUGUCCUUAGUGCUGCAUGAUGUUACCCCUCUAUCACUCGGGGUUGAGGUGUUGGGUAAAGUAAUGAAUAUUAUUAUUCCCAGAAACACAACAAUUCCCACCAGAAAACAAAUGAAUUACAUUACCUGCGUUGAUGAUCAGAAUGCCAUGCAGUUUUUAAUUUAUGAGGGUGAAAGAUCAUGCUCAACACUCAACAACUUACUGGGUCAGACAACACUGUAUGGCCUCCCUCCUGCCCCGAGGGGUAAAGUUAAUGUUAUGGUUACGUUUGACAUUGAUGCAAAUGGGGUGCUACAUGUUACUGCGGAGUGUAGUAUUGCUGGGGUGAAGACAAAUAUAACAAUAACUAACGACAAGGGAAGACUGACAAAGAAUGCAAUUGAGGACAUGAUAUGGGAAGCAGAAAUGUACAAGGCUGAAGAUGAGGAGUUCAAAAGGAGAAUUGAGGCAAUGAAUGCAUUUGAAAAAUAUGCAUAUGACAUGAGGAAUGCCGUAAAAUUUAAACAGAUGGAGGAGGAGAGAACUAUCAUAGAGGCUAUUCAAUGGGUCGAAGCGCACAGGAGCGCUGAAGCUGAUGAGUACGAGUCCAGGAAGAGGGCACUGAGGUCUACUUGCUCCCGCAUCAAGGUUGAGAAAGGGAAUUAAUCGUCGUAUGUCAUUACAAGCUGCCUCUACCGCUUGUUUGUUGACACUGCAUUUAGUGUGUUUGUAAUUUCGAGUUUAAUUAUACUCUGCUUCUAAUCAUCCGUGCAAAAGGUGUGUUGCAUGCAAGUAGUUUUCUUCAUUGCAGUUUUAGAUGUUUUUCAGAGCUUUUUAGGUGUUUGGCAGCGCUAAUAUUAAGUACUUCCAGGCUUAAUCAAGGAUUUUAAGUUGUUUCUAUUUUUUACGUAGUGUUUGAAGAAAGAAAUAGAGUACUUUUUUUGGAUUUU